AGCUCCUGCAUUACAGAUCAUUCUCCUUAUAAAAACACACCAGGAGACACGUGCCAACGAACAUCAUGUAUUCAACAUCGCCCAUUACCAGACCCUGAGCAUCCACACUAAACCAGGACAUGAACUCUUCGGAGUGGCCCACGCUUUCUCCAAACUCAUCUUUGAGUCAAGCAAACCGCAGCGAUGAGUCAAGCAGGCCCAAGACGAGUGCUUCAGCGGCCUGUGAGCAGGUACACAUUGCACCUGAGGUCUUCCUCACGCUGGGCCUCAUCAGCCUGCUUGAAAACAUCCUGGUCAUCCUCGCCAUUGUAAAGAACAAGAACCUCCACUCACCAAUGUACUUCUUUGUAUGCAGCCUAGCAGUGGCCGACAUGUUGGUGAGCGUCUCUAAUGCUUGGGAGACAAUCGUCAUCCAUCUACUAGCAAACAGGAGUUUGGUAAUCGAGGAUCACUUCAUCCGUCAGAUGGAUAACGUCUUCGAUUCCCUCAUCUGCAUCUCAGUGGUGGGGUCCAUGUGGAGUCUGUUAGCAAUCGCGGUGGAUCGCUACGUGACCAUCUUCUAUGCUCUGCGCUACCAUAAUAUAAUGACCGUACGGCGAGCUGGGGUUCUCAUAGGCAGCAUCUGGACCUUCUCCACCAGUUGUGGGAUCAUCUUCAUCAUCUACUCGGACACAAAGCCUGUGGUUGUGUGCCUGGUGGCCAUGUUUUUUGCCAUGCUGCUUAUGAUGGCGUCACUCUACAGUCACAUGUUCCUCCUGGCCCGUUCGCAUGUCAAACGCAUGGCGGCAUUGCCAGGAUAUAACGCCAACAUCCGGCAGAGAGCUAGCAUGAAAGGCGCCGUCACCCUCACCAUACUAUUGGGCAUAUUCAUUGUGUGCUGGGCACCUUUUUUUCUCCAUCUCAUCCUCAUGAUCUCCUGCCCGCGAAACAUUUAUUGUAUAUGUUUCAUGUCACAUUUUAAUAUGUACCUGAUACUCAUCAUGUGCAACUCAGUGAUCGACCCAUUAAUUUACGCACUCAGGAGCCAAGAGAUGAGAAAGACCUUUAAAGAAAUCGUGUGCUGUGAAGGACUACGCAGCUUCUGCAACAUGGUCGGCAAAUAUUGAAGAAGGUGCCUGGAGGAACUCGACAGCUGAUGAAUGAAUGUGUGCAUAGAUAUAUGGAUCGGUGCAUAAUUAAAGUGGAAGAGAAGUGAAUUCAUGCUGUAAGUAAUGGGCUAGGUGUUCAAUUGAAAUGAAAUCACAACCACAGCUAUUGACAACAGCUAUGAUUGUCAUGCACAUGUUGUCAGGGAAGCAUUGUAAUAUCUGUAGUAAAUCUCCUCCCAAGGGAAGAGGGCACUGUCACUAAAACUCUAAAAACCUAGAAAAUCCGCUUAGAGUUUGCUGAGUAAAUGGAGCAUUGGAUUUAUCUGCUUUCAUUGAUUCAGCAUAACUAGUAAUCACAUGACGAUGGAAUCAUCUUAGAGAAGGAUUUAUUUCUAACACUCAACUUAAACUAGUUGACACAUGAUAGAAGUGAGUUUAGAGUAAAACUUUGUAAUCAGCCUGCUCUCAUGAGGAAACAUAACUAUUUUACAUUUUGUCAGUUUAGUGGUUAAUUUGUAGAAUUCAUACAUGUUCAGUCGCAUGAAAAUGUACGAGUUUAAAAAGGAGGUGUGGCACCCAACCCCACUCCUACAACCAACCGUCAUUGGGGGAUAAGCAAAUCAUACUAAAUUGUACGAAUUGCCAUGAGAUUGUGUUGGUUAUUUUAUGUGGUAAUUUCAUGUGCAGCAUUUGCAUAGUUCAGCGAGAAUUGACAAACACAGCUGCCAUUAUCACAGAACAAUUGUCUCAAUGUCAUUAUCAUCUGAUUAAAUUAAUUUAGAUUUGGAAACCGAUCUAUCUAAAAGCAUGUGCUAGAGGUUUUUCUAGAACUGGCUUUACUGACAAUGUGUGCAUGAAAAUCCCUUUCGUUUAAACGGCAAGCCCUUGUACGUAAUGUGCAUCAUUCAACACUGAUCAAGCAUGCACUUUGAACUGAGGAUGAGGUCCCAUCCAGAUCCGAUCACAUGAUCUGAAAUUGGGCCUGAUUACGCGGUUUCAGAUUCGAUCGAAAUCAGACGUUAUAUUCCCGAUUAGGACUCGAAUAUAUGUAUGUAUGUAUGUUUGUAUGUAUGUAUGUGUGUGUGUGUAUAUAUAUAUUUAUAUAGACACAUAUAUAUAAUCUAUAGCUCCUAAAAGCACAUUACUGGCACAUCCUAGAUCUGUUUCUUAGCUCUUCUUUAUUCUUUUUUUAGAAUGAAUCAGGUUUUGGUAUUGGUAGAUACUUAAAAUCAAAUGACUUUGGACUCGACGGCAAAAAAACCUGAUCGGGACGUCCCUAAGUUGAACUGUUUUGCACUACUUAGUUUGUCCACAAGGUGUCAACACUGAACCAAGCUCUUUUCGAGGAGAAAACCGUCAACUACUGAAGAAGCCAAAAACAACAGAAAACCAACAAUGAGUGAAUGCAGGGAUUGAAAGGUAUUAACAAAUCACUUUUAAACCAGUUCAAGACAUGCAUGUUGAUCAUAACUUUAGAGAAAAAAGUGUAGAUUCUAGGCAACUAUACAUUUGUGUAGUAUGCGUCUAUGCAUGCUAUCAUGUAUGGUAGGCUUAUAAUUUAAAAGGCUGUGCAUUCCACUGUGUGUGUAUGCUGACAAGAAUAUUUAUUUAAAAAAAUAAGUACAAUUUAAGCUGAAGGGAAAGAAUAUACAGAUCUGUAUGCCUUUCUAUGUGGAAUGUUUUGAUGUGGAGUGAAGGUUCAUGUUGUGUUAAAUAUUGAGCUGAAAAGUUUGUAAUGUGGCAUCAUGUUAGACUUUGUACACUAUUUAUAAUAGGAGUUACAUCUUUAUUUAAAGGGGGCCUAUUAUACGAAAAUAAGCACAGUUGUGUGGCAAUAGUGUAUGAAUAUAGCAAGCCUCCUAUGUUAAAAAAAUCAUGAAUUAAAAUAUUUAUCACACUUGAUAAAAACAAGUGUGCAGAAACACUUUUAAUUGACAUUCUGCCUUUGUACGUGUCAUCAGAGGAUGAAAAUCCCACCCUUUAAUAACAAUCUCUCCCUCAUUAGCAUAGACAGCCCUAGCAGCAAUUAUGCUGAUGCAUAGGUGUUCAUGGCUCCGCUCUCUUUUGAAAAGAGUCUCAUUUCAAUUUAAAGUGACAGAUGCCAAAAUGGCACAAUAUGGAUAAAGCCUAACAGAGGCCAUAUCAAAAGGUUAUAAAAACUAUUUCUGGGGUGUUAUAAAGUUUACAUACACACUCUAGCAAUGUGUGUCUUAUUUUACAUCAUGUAAAAAGUGGCAUGAUAGGUCCCUUUAAUAGGCGAUUGUCCUGAGGUCAGUGCAGUGAUAAUUUGUGUUCAAAAACAGACUGGAUUAUAAUAAUUAUUUUAAGUAGCAGUGAGUUUUUUUGUGUGUUUUAUUUUAAUGGUAAUCACAGAGGACAAAAUACACAAUCAUAAUUAGGAAUGUAAUAAAAAACAUAUUUAAUCAUGAAUAUUAUUGUAACGCAUCAGGAAAAUAACAAAUGUCAUAAACAUCAACAUGCAUUUACAAAAUAUGUGUGCUUUUCAUAUUUAGAGCAAAGGUGAAAACAAUGUUCAUUCAGUAAAUUAACUGAAAUUAUAAACCAAAUAAAAAUGAGCUUAGGAAAGCAUGAGAAUUCAAUUUAAAUGUGUUUUAUGCAAAUUUGUGGUGUAUAUGUGAUAAGCAUGUCAACAGAUUUU